AUGCUUUGGCUCUAUACAGUUCGGAUCGUCCAGAUCAUUUUCGGGCUAAUCGUGCUUGCCCUGACAGCUUAUGUCAUCAACACCUUUGAAUACUGGUGGUCUUUCUCCAGCACCGUGGACUUCCUUCUCUUCCUGGGCAUCUGGACCACAUUUCUCGCGACUCCAUACCUCAUCGCUGCCCCGCUCUAUGCACCACGUCUCGCGCAUCCGUUUGUUAUCACCGCAGUGGAGGUUAUCACGAUGAUCUUUUGGUUUGCGGGUUUCAUUGCCAUGGGCGCUGAACUACCUCCCGCUGCUGGGUGUACCUGGAGCACCUGUCGUGCUCUGCAGGCAGUAACAGUAUUUGGAUCAUUUGAAUGGGUUCUGUUCUGCGUAACUACGUAUUUCGCGAUCGUCGAUCUUAUGAACCACCGCACAAGUGGCGAGAGUGCCCAGAAGACUCAGCAUAAUGCCCACCUGGGAGUUUGA